CUUUAGCGCAGAGAGAGAGGAGAGAGAGGCAGAGCGACAGACCGACGGACCGCCGCUCUAUCCAGCUGCCCGUGCCUCUGCAGAAGCGCGCAGGAACGCACGCGCGCGCACACACACACAAUCACACACACACACACGCUGAGAACGUGCGCGGCGAGAGAGAGCGAGAGAGAUCGGGUCCCAUGCGCGGCUCGCGGGCUGCCGGAGCCUCUGCUGUAGAGCUCAAUGCUCAAUGUGCAUGUGCGUCCGUGUGUGCGUCCGGCGGCUGCUCGCCUGCCUCUUCCCUCCUCUGCGCUCCUCUCCUCCCGGGACAGGAAUAACGGGAUACCGGGAGCCGUGAUCACACCGAGGCAGACUGAGCCCCCACGAUGCGCGGGGCACAGCAGAGAUUGCAGUGGAGAAUCAGCAGCACAUACGCACACACGAUGAAGAUUGGAUUACAGUGAUUUUAUUCGCAGCUGAGCUCGUGCCAAGUGUUGAAACUGAGGAUUUCAUUCAUUUUUUUUCUUUUUUUUCGGACACGGUGGGAAUAAUUGUGUGAUUUGAUUUUCCUCCUGCUGUGCAGUGUUUGUGAGAGGAGAGUGAUCACCAUCGAAGGCUGCAUGGUUUCUCUGAGGAGAGCGGGGACUGUUGCAAUGUCAUCUCACACCAGUGUUCUGGAGCUCCGUGGAAGGGAGAUGCUGGGAUGAAGUGGUUUGGCAGUAUGUCCCUGAGCAGCAGCAGGAGUAAGAGGAGGAGCAGAAGGAGCAGCGUUGGAGGGAACAGCUUGCUGCUCCCGUUGGCCCUCCUGGUGGUGGUGGUGACCCUGAUUGCCGUCCCCACGGCGGCUCAGAAGCAGCGAGGCGGAGGCGGAGGUGGCGGCGUCUCGGAGAAGGUGCCGGUGCUGAACAUUGCGGUGAUCCUGGGGCGCACGCGUUACAUCUCAGACCGGGACAUCCGGGCGCUGUGGAGCAAGGAGGACCCCAUCGACGUCAACGUGGUCACACUGCUGGUCAACGAGACCGACCCCAAGAGCAUCAUCACACACAUGUGCGACCUGAUGUCUGGGACCAAGAUCCACGGCGUGGUGUUUGGGGAUGGCACCGACCAGGAGGCCAUCGCCCAGAUUUUGGAUUUUAUUUCCUCGCAGACACUCAUACCCAUCCUGGGCAUCCACGGAGGGUCGUCCAUGAUCAUGGCUGAUAAGGAUGUGAAGUCGACCUUCUUCCAGUUUGGCGCCUCCAUCCAGCAGGAGGCGCUGCUGAUGCUGAACAUCAUGGAGGAGUACGACUGGCACAUCUUCUCCAUCGUCACGUCAAAGUUCCCCGGGUACCAGGAGUUCAUCAACAUCCUGAAAACCACAGUGGACAACAGUUUCGUGGGCUGGGACCUGCAGAACAUCAUCACUCUGGACGCAGUGGAAGAAGACAGCCGCUCUCAGAUCAUGCUGAAGAAGGUCCAGUCUCCCGUGGUCCUGCUCUACUGCUCCAAGGACGAGGCCGUCUACAUCCUGGAGGAGGCUCGCUCGCUGGGCCUGACCGGCUUCGGCUACAUCUGGAUCGUGCCGUCGCUCACCACGGGGAACCCGGAAAUAAUGCCCGAGGAGUUUCCGUCGGGGAUGAUUUCGGUGUCGUACGACGACUGGGACUACCCGCUGGAGGCCCGGGUCCGCGACGGCCUGGGGAUCAUAACGUCAGCGGCGGCGGCCAUGUUGGAGGAGUACGGCGACAUCCCCGAGGCCAAGACGUCCUGUUACGGCCCCAUGGAGAAGACGACCAAGCUGCCACCCAGCGCUCUGCACAAGUACAUGAUGAACGUGACGUGGGACGGCAGAGACUUGUCCUUCACUGAGGACGGCUACCAGGAGAACCCCAAGCUGGUGGUCAUUGUUCUCAACAAGGAGCGAGAGUGGGAGAAGAUGGGGAGGGUGGACAACCGCAGCCUGACCCUGAAGUAUCCCGUGUGGCCGCGCUUCAACUCCUUCGGUGACGCCGAGCUCGACGACAACCACCUGUCCAUCGUCACGCUGGAGGAGAAGCCGUUUGUCAUCGUGGAGGACGUGGAGCGACUGACGGGAACCUGCAUGAGGAACUCGGUGCCCUGCAGGAAGCACAUCAAAGACAACACGACAGAGUCUGGUGGGACCUACAUCAAGAAAUGCUGCAAAGGUUUCUGCAUUGAUAUCCUGAAAAAGAUCGCCAAGUACGUCAAGUUCACCUAUGACCUGUACCUGGUGACCAAUGGAAAGCAUGGCAAGAAGAUCAACAACGUCUGGAAUGGGAUGGUGGGAGAGGUGGUCUAUAAGAAAGCCGUCAUGGCCGUCGGAUCUCUGACGAUCAAUGAGGAGCGUUCUGAGGUCAUCGAUUUCUCCGUCCCGUUCGUGGAAACUGGGAUCAGCGUCAUGGUCUCCCGUAGCAACGGCACCGUGUCCCCUUCUGCCUUUCUUGAGCCAUUCAGUGCAUCAGUAUGGGUGAUGAUGUUUGUGAUGCUCCUACUGGUAACUGCAAUGGCUGUCUUCAUGUUUGAGUACAUCAGUCCUCUUGGCUUUAACAGAAACCUGGCACAGGGGAAAGACCCCCACGGUCCUUCCUUCACCAUGGGCAAGGCCGUGUGGCUGCUGUGGGGUCUGGUCUUCAACAACUCUGUGCCAGUGCAAAACCCAAAGGGAACCACCAGUAAGUUCAUAGUGUCAGUGUGGGCCUUCUUUGCUGUCAUCUUCCUGGCCUCCUACACUGCCAACCUGGCCGCCUUCAUGAUUCAGGAGGAGUUUGUUGAUCAAGUCACCGGGCUCUCAGACAAUAAGUUUCAGAACCCGUACGCGUACUCUCCUCCGUUCCGCUUCGGCACGGUUCCAAACGGCUCCACGGAGAGGAACAUCAGGAAGAACUACCCCGCCAUGCACCAGUACAUGGUGAAAUACCACCAGACCGGGGUGCAGGACGCACUCGUCAGCCUCAAAACAGGCAAACUGGACGCCUUCAUCUACGACGCUGCAGUGUUGAACUAUAUGGCCGGCAGAGAUGAGGGAUGUAAGCUGGUGACCAUUGGCAGCGGGUACAUCUUUGCCACCACGGGUUACGGCAUCGCUCUGCAGAAAGGCUCCUACUGGAAGCGGCAGGUGGAUCUGGCCAUCCUGGCAAUCAUCGGAGAUGGUGAAAUGGAGGAACUGGAGGCCCAGUGGCUGACAGGGAUCUGCCACAACGAGAAGAACGAGGUGAUGUCCAGUCAGCUGGACGUGGACAACAUGGCGGGCGUCUUCUACAUGCUGGCCACGGCCAUGGGGCUCUCCCUCAUCACCUUCGUGUCCGAGCACCUCUUCUACUGGAGGCUGAGAUACUGCUUCACCGGGGUCUGCACCGGCACUCCGGGGCUUCUUUUCUCCAUCAGCAGGGGAAUCUGGAGUUGCAUUCACGGGGUCCACAUUGACAUGAAGAAGAAGACAGACCUCGACUUCAGCCCUCAGGACAAAAUGCUCAAGCUCAUUAAGUCGGCGAAACAGAUGACCAACAUGUCUAACCUGAGCGGCUCUCGCAUGAACUCUCCGAAGCGAGAAUUCAUGCACUCGGCCGGCCCCAUGAUCAUGGAUAUGAUGGCAGAGAAGGGCAACUUCAUAUACGCCGACAACCGAAGCUACGCUCCCAAAGAUAUGAUCUACGGGGACACUGGGGACCUGCAGUCUUAUCUGGCCAACCGCCACAAGGACCACCUGAACAACUACAUCUUCCAAGGGGGGCAGCAUCCUUUGACACUGAACGACGCCAAUCCCAACACCGUGGAGGUAGCAGUGAAUGCUGACACAGUCCAGACCAACGCCAAGCCGCCCCGGACCCUGUGGAAGAAAUCGGUGGACACGCUCCGCUCUGCGCCACCCGGACCCCCUCCGAUGCCCGACAUGCUGAUGCCAGACCCACGAAUGUCGAUGAAGACGCAGCGCUACCUCCCCGAGGACGCAGCCCACUCCGACAUCUCCGACUGUUCUAGCAGGGCAGCCUCCUACAAGGACCCAGAAAAUAACAAGCACCUGAAGCCCAAGGACAACUUAAAAAAAAGAUCGGUGACGUCAAAAUACCCAAGGGAUUGCAGUGAGGUGGAGCUGUCCUACUUAAAGACUAAGCAGGUCACCGGCGGAACCAACCAGACCGGGAGAGGAGGGGGAGGAGGAGGAGUAGGAGGAGGAGGAGGAGGGGGAGGAGGAGGAGGAGUAGGAGGAGAGAAAAUCUACACCAUCGACUCAGACCGGGAGCUUAGCCUCCACUCAGACCCCAUUCACUACCGCGAGAGUCACGGCCUUGCUGCAGACGAUCUGGAUUACCCUGAAAUGUACUCCGACCACAGUGACAACUACAGGAAGUGUGAGCAGCCCAUCAUUCACCUGAACUCAUCCCCUCUACACCACGCAGACUCAGAUCUCCUCCCCGACCCGGCCUACUCCAAACACUACAGCCUGAAAGAGAAAAACCUUUCCCCACACGAAUCCAUCGACCGCUACAAACAGACACACUGCCGUUCCUGCUUGUCCAAAGUGACCGCCAGCUACCCGCCCGGAGCGCCCUACACCCCGGCUGCAGCUGCCUCAGCUUCCGUCACACGCUCGCCCUAUAAUCGGUGUGAAGCAUGCCUCCACACGGCCAACCUGUAUGACAUUAGUGAGGACCAGUUCCUCACAGACCCCUUGGUCAGUCCCACCUUGCAGCACCAACAGGAGCAAGAACCGGACGACAUGUUUGGUCUGUAUUGGCCACAGACAGAUGGGCCUCAUGUCCAAAAGAGAAACCGCUUGAGGCUGAGCCGCCAGCACUCCUUUGACAACAUCAUGCUCGAAAAGCCCAAGGAUGUGGACCUGAACCGACCGGCACGCAGCGUCAGCCUAAAGGAGAAGGAUCGCUUCUUGGACUCUGCGUCUGACUCGCACUACGCGAACCUCUUCGGCAUGCGCCCCUACUCCGGCAAACUGUUUGGCACCGGGUCCAAAUCAAUGCUGUUCAACCACAACCUGGAGGAGAGCAAGAGGAGCAAGUCCCUGUACCCGGCCCAUGGCUCGGAAAACCCUUUCCUCAGCCAUUCGCUGAGGGAUGACACCAGCAGCAGACUGGUCCAUGGGCGGAGCUCCUCUGAUAUUUACAAACAGCUGGCGGUGGCUCCACCUGCAGCGGCCCCCAUCAAAACGCGCAAUGAUGCGAACAAUCUCCGCUCUUCCGUCAAAUCCACCACUUCAUACUGCUCACGGGACGGGCGGAUAGCUAAUGACAUGUACAAUAAAGAGCAUGUGAUGCCUUACUCAGCCAAUAAGACUAGUGCAUACCCAGCGCCACGCGGCGUCCUAAACUCAGCCCAGUUCAGCAAUAGACGGGUGUAUAAAAAAAUUCCCAGUCUGGAGUCGGAUGUUUAGUUGAUAGAAGAAAUGAUGUGUUCUCUCCUUCUUACUCCUCUCUGGGUUUGUAUUAUAAUUUAACAACUAUGUUAUCCACUAAGGGAUGCCAUAGCCACACUAUGUUUUUCUUCUUCUCUUCAACAUUGUAAUCCAAAAGAACUCGUGCCCUCGUGGGUAUAACAGUAUUACUACUACUCUCUUUGCAGACGAUCACCAUUUGUGUCCAUUCUCUCCCAUGUACCAAUGAGUUGGCUGCAUGGCCAGCACUCUGCCAUAAGGUAUCCUGCUGUAACAGGGAGGGGAAUCAGUAACCCCGAGGUGUUUAAGGAAAUGGCACGGUCCCAUUAUUGGGACGGACAAGGUAUUAGAUCGAGCGAGGCACGACUCCUGCAGAAAUCGUUGGCCUGGGAUUGGAAUGCGUGAGGAGGUGGUGGGGAGGACGGGAGAAAUUAUAUGACAGGGGGGUUAUCGUCUCCCAUUUUUCCUUUCCACCUCCUCUGUCAAGCUUCGGCCUCACUAGGCCUGACAGGGAGAGCAGAUGGGUGGGCCAGACAUGGAGGCUUCCCAGGAGGGCAGGGGCAUCACAGCGAGCUAGUCCAACGGUCUGCUGCUUGUUACUCUGACAAAUAUGGCCACUGAGACACCUGGCAGUGGGCGAGGAGACGCAGGGAGGGAGGGAGGAAGGAGGCGAGUGGCCGAAUGGCGCCGAGUGGAGCGAGCAGGAGUUCCUGGCAGUUAUUGUGUGCUCGGUCAGAUCAUAGUUUUUACGCGUUAAGCCCAUGCCAAGGGGCACGGCAGUGAUGAUAAGCUGAGAGUAAUGUAGGUGCUAUCAAUGAUUAAUGUUUACAGACUGACUGACAAAAUGACUGAUAGGAAAGGACGGACGAGGAGGGAAACCUGAGGCAAACGAUGGGCAUUUCAUUUGUGGCACUGCACAUAGAAAAAUAAUCGCAAAGUACUGCUUUUUUAUUCUAUUGAACUAUAAGAUUUAUCAGGGAUUCUGGCAUCUGGAUCCCCCUAUGUAGGAUUUUAGCGUUUGCUUAUUUGGUAGCACAAUAGCCAUUAGUUUUAAAAACCCUCUCUCCCACGUUUGCUUUUUAAAGAGCAUAACUUCCUGAGAAAUACCACUGAGAGUAGUAGAUUAUUUUGCAUGUGUUGAUUUCUUUCUGUGUCCGAGAAGAGAAAAUACACACAUAUACACUCUCAGGCACAUACAUGUUUUGUGGAAGGGGCUGCGUCGUGCCAAAUGUGACGGAUGGAUAUGUGUACAAUCGAGACUUUGAUCCUCUGCUUAGUAAAUAUGUUUUGCUGCAAAAGAGCAAGAUAAUGGUGGAAGGGAAGAGAUGCGAAGAGGAGAUAAACAAGGGAGAAAAUGAGAUGAGAUGACAAAUGUGUCCACCACCACCCGGUCUGAGGUGGACACUCGUGUGGUUUUGUCCUUUGACCUCCCUGCCACUGACAACAGGGUAUUAGCUAUUAAAAAUACUUACUAUUCCUUUCUUCUUUCUUCUUUCCUACUUCCCUUCCUCCAUCAACACCACACACACUUUGUGUUUCUUUGGGUUCGUACGAACUCGCCUGGUUGUUCCAGACAUAUCACUUCUAAUUAACCACUACGGGGGAUUGUUUUGAGACGUUUCUGUGAAGCAGCUGCUGAUCUCCAAUCAUCCGGGGCUGGAGCUCGUGAAGACGACUCGAGACGGAUCCCUUGUUUAUCUUCACGGCGUGGUUUGGGUGGGCUGUGGGAUGGACUGGGUGGGACAAGAUGGAUGGAGCCCGGGAGGCUCCGCUAUGAUGUGCUCAUCAAUCAUAAAUCCAUUUUAGUGUGGAGUCCAUUGUGUGCGCACGUUGCAGAACUUGGGUAAGCUUGAAGUUUUAAACCAGAACAUUUGGUUCCUGAUCCGACUGCUUCUGCGUUCGUUUGUUCUUUCUUUUUGAUAAUGACACUUAGCAGAAAAGACUUGCACAUGCAUUCACGUCCAUGCACACCAAACCCUGUUUUUUGUAGAAUCAUGCUGUACAGAUUGUACAGUGAAAAGACAAAACGUGUAACCAUCUUAAAUGAUUUGCUCGAUUGAUUGGGUUCACAAAGCCAAAUUUUAUCAAAUAAAAUACCUCAGGAUGAUUCUGUUCGUUUUCGGGAGAACUGCUGUGUAACAGUAGCAACAGAACAGGAUGUGCCGCAGGUUCUUUUGUAGAAAAAAAUAACUUUUAAAAAGAAAAAAAAGCAACAAAAAAAUAAAUAAAUAAACAGUUUAUAGUGGCCAAAAAAAAA